CGAAGCUGCAGCUUCAACUACCUUACAAAUUAAUAUCUCGAGACAACAUAUUGGGUAGCGAGCACACCUAAUUCGGACAUUUCGUACCAACCUCGACGUUUUAUCAACCAGCUGUCUACUAGGACCUGACGGGGACGAAGCAAAGAUGCCGAACGCAGGCUACGAUGCCGUCGUCGACGUCGAUGACGAGGGCGACCUCGGCCACACAGACCUGCAAGAAGACCUCGAAUUCCACAACUCGAACUUCGGCGACACGAGCCGCAAGGGCGCCUCGACCCUCGGCGCGAGCGGCCUGCCUCCACCAGCAACCGCAGGCCACUCGUCAUCCGGGACAGGCGUCGGCUCGUCGAAGCGGUACCUGUGGUCGCUGCACUUCUACGCGCAGUUCUUCGACGUGGACACCUCGAGCGUGCUGGCGCGGUGCUGGGCCGCGCUGUACCCGCGCGCCAACUUCCUCGACGUGCUCGAGGGCAACCCGGACCUGUACGGGCCCUUCUGGAUCGCGACGACCGUGGUGUUGAUCUUGUUCCUGGGGGGUACGAUUAGCCAGUACCUCGCUAGCGAGGGGAAGGGGCCGUUUGCUUAUGAUUUUAAGCUGUUGAGCGGCGCCGCCGGCCUCAUCUACGGAUACACGCUCGUCCUGCCCGUCGUCCUCUUCGGCGCGCUGCGGUACUUCGGGUCGGAGUCGGCGAACCUGCUCGAGUGCUGGGCGCUGUACGGCUACGCGAACCUGAUCUGGAUCCCGGUGGCGCUGAUCAGCUGGUCGCCCAUCACGAUCCUCAACUGGGUCUUCGUCGGCGUCGGCUUCGGCCUCAGCGUCGCCUUCCUGCUGCGCAACCUGUACCCCGUCCUCAGCGCUACCGACCGCCAGACCAGCAAGGUCCUGCUCAUCCUCGUCGUCGCCCUCCACGGCGGCCUGGCUAUUGCGAUUAAGGUCCUUUUCUUCGCCGCCGGUAGCCCCGUUUCAGGCGGUACGGAGGGCGAUACGCCUCCUGCCGCUGGAGGCGACGGAGCGCCCAGACUGUUCUGAGGAUUGUAGUUCUAAGGAUUGUGAUAAGAGGGUCGUGUGUGUUAUGUAUGUGUACCAGGUUCCAAGAUUCGUGAGAGGAGAGAACGGAAUACUUGCCGCGAUGGCGAGGCGGAUGUCGAGAUUGUGGGCUGAGCUGGGUCGACUGGCAUCGUGCUUUUCUGGCGUUUGGCAGGGUCUGAGAAAAUGAACCGAACCGAGCCGGACUGGGCUGGACUGGACUGAACAGUGUUGCGUACACUACUAGCUGAUACCUUUCAUGUACCAAUGUAAUAUCAACUUGGUCUGAUCUGCCUAGUUUUGAACUGCAUGAUCUCUACGAUUUUUGAUGCUCAAGGAAGUAUAGUAUGUUGUUGAACUUAGGUCCUAGACAGCUGGUGUUUGUUUAUUGAAGCUCGCUGCCCUGUUUACUUCAUAGCUGGCCCUUGGAGAUUCAUUCCUCUGAAACCGUUUUUAAAAUACAUAAGAGGUAGGGGCCAGGAAAAGAAAACAGUGAGCUGCUUCAUCUUCCACACAUCCCCCUCUACCUCCAGAAUCCACCCGCCUACCGC